AUGUCGUCUAAAGAACUUCCCGCCCGACUCAAAGAGUCCAUCGAGGCCUCCAAAUGCGAGUAUCGCAAUCUGGGUAAAUCCGGUCUACGCAUCUCCGUGCCUGUGUUUGGGUGUAUGAGCUUUGGAGAUAAGAGAACGCUGCCUUGGGUCAUUGGCGAAGAUGAGGCUCUGGAGCUCCUCAAAGCUGCCUACGACCGUGGCCUCAACACAUGGGAUACAGCCAACACUUACAGCAAUGGGGCGUCCGAGGAAAUCGUUGGGAAAGCAUUGAAAAAGUUCAACAUUCCUCGCCACAAGGUCCUCAUCCUUAGCAAAUGCCGCUGGGCUGUUGGAGAAGAACCAGAGGCUCGCCAUAUCAACUACAGGCCCGAAUUCGAGACUUCAAAAGAUUACCAGAACCAGUACGGUCUUUCCCGCGCUGCCAUCUUCAACCAAGUCGAGGCAUCUCUGAAGCGACUCGACACAGAUUACAUCGAUCUGCUCCAAAUCCAUCGAUAUGAUGAACUCACACCUCUUGAAGAAACCAUGAAAGCGCUCCACGACCUCGUCCAGCUAGGCAAAGUGCGCUACAUCGGAGCAAGCAGCAUGUGGGCUACCCAAUUCGCCCGGAUGCAAUUCGUCGCCGAGAAGAACGGCUGGACGCAGUUCAUCAGCAUGCAGAACCACUACAAUCUCCUCUACCGCGAGGAAGAGCGCGAGAUGAUCCGCUACUGCAACGACACGGGCGUUGGUGUCAUCCCCUGGGCACCGCUUUGCAGAGGACAUCUGGCCAGGCCGCCCGCCGAGUUUGGUUCCACCGAUAGAAGCAAAGGUGAGAAGGAGAGUUCAGGGGAGUUAUCUGCAGUAGAUCAGAAGAUCAUAGGGCGCGUUGUUGAGCUGGCGGAGAAGCAUGAGUGGCCUAUGGCGCAUGUUGCGCUGGCUUGGAUUAAUCAGCGUAUCACGAGUCCGAUUAUUGGAUUUAGUAGUGUUGAGAGAAUUGAGCAGGCUAUUGGUGCAAGGGGGAAGACUUUGACGAAUGAGGAGGUUAAGUACCUGGAGGAGCUUUAUGAGGCCAAGCCAAUUGCUGGACAUUCCUAG